GAUUCCCCAACUUAUCGCCAAACGUCAAACAUCGUUUGAUUUUACCAAUACGAAAUGCGGCAAACGUGAAUAUGUCGGUUUUGGAGUCAAUGGUGCACCAAUUUAUUGUGAUAUUGCCGAGUUUCCAAUGCCCGCAAUACGUUUUCGUGAAACCGAUGCCACAAUUUGUGCUUUACGUGAAAAGGAGAAAGGCGAUUGGAAGAAGUUAUCCAAGGAGGAAAUCAAAACUCUUUACCGUUAUAGUUUUUGUCAAACCUUUGCCGAAUUUAAAGCACCCACCGGGGAAUGGAAACAUCAUUUGGGUGUGGGACUGUGGGCAUGUGCCAUCGGUAUUGUGUGGACGGCAUUUGUUAAUUGGUAUCAUCGUGAUUUACCCGAUACCUUCGAUGAAGAUCGUCGUCAGGCUCAAUUGAAGAGGAUUAUUGCAUUGGAAAUAAAUCCCAUUGAGGGAAUAUCAUCGAAAUGGGAUUAUGAAGUUGGUGAUUGGAAAUGAGU